UCGCUCUAAGACGCUUUUCUGGCGUGUGAUGCAUUGGCACACGCUUGCAGGCGGUAGUUGCUUUGGAGUGUUUCAACAAAUGGGAAAACAAACAGCGGCGCCACGCCUGUCACAUUUCACGCGUGCGUGCGCACUUGGAGCGUGGUGGGUGGAGAGGAAUUUUUUGUUUAUUUUCGUGGCCAGCUAACCCGUAAACGUGUUGCCGCUGACUUAUUUUCAUUGCAGUUUUAGUAAAGGGUAACCAAGCUGACAGGUAAACGAGUGCGCUGUUCGUUGAUAUGAAAUUAUAACAUUUCGCGAGGUAGCGGGUUUGGGCCAUCAUAGAGGACGGUUAGCCAGCGUGCUAGCGUGGAGUUCAUUAAUGUCUCUUAGCGUUAGCUGUUAGCGAGCUGCCAGCAAGCUAGUCAAGGCUGGAUAGCGUAUCAGAAUUUAAGUAGCCAAAGCCCCUCACUUAUCAUCUGCUACCACUUGGACUAACAUUACUGCGCGGACAAAUCACGACUAGAUAUAAUGGCCAUAUUUGCAGAUGACAACCCGUGAGCGGUUCUGCAUGCAUGAAUGUGGGCUUUUAAUGCAGUGGUUAUACACUUGAAUCAGAUGUUACUGUUGUUGUAAACACACGUAACAUUAAGAUUGCUAAACUUUGGCAGCAUUUGAUCAACAAUAAUUUCCGUAUCACUUCUACUGGUAAAGGCUAAGGGGAUACAACUGGAGAGCCUCCCCAAGGUUGAAACCUAAGGAGCAAGAUGUCAAUCACGAACACUCCCACAAGUAAUGAUGCCUGCCUGAGCAUUGUGCAUAGCCUGAUGUGCCACCGACAGGGAGGGGAGAGUGAAAGCUUUGCUAAACGAGCUAUUGAGAGUCUUGUCAAGAAGCUGAAGGAGAAGAAAGAUGAGCUGGAUUCCCUUAUCACAGCCAUCACUACGAAUGGAGCGCAUCCUAGCAAGUGUGUAACCAUACAGCGAACUUUGGAUGGACGCCUACAGGUUGCAGGACGUAAAGGUUUCCCCCAUGUUGUCUAUGCCCGACUGUGGCGAUGGCCUGAUCUACACAAAAAUGAAUUAAAACAUGUGAAAUAUUGCCAAUAUGCCUUUGAUCUGAAAUGUGACAAUGUUUGCGUCAACCCAUACCACUACGAGAGGGUUGUCUCUCCAGGCAUUGACUUAUCAGGACUGACCCUUUCAGGUUCAGGUCCACUCUUGGUAAAAGAUGAAUAUGACUAUGAUAACCAGCAAUCUCUCUCGAGUUCUGAAAGCCACCUGCAGACUAUCCAGCAUCCGCCAUCAAGGCCCGGUCCACAGGAGACCUUCAGCAGCCCCGCUCUACUACCCCCAUCAGAUGGCAGUAGUUCAGCUUCAACCUCUGCUUUCUCUACCAUCAGUGCUGGACCCUCAAAUCCUACCCCCAACUGGAGCCGGAGCAGCAGCUUCACCCCUGCGGUACCUCAACACCAGAAUGGGCAUCUACAGCAUCAUCCACCCAUGCCUCACACGGGGCAUUACUGGCCUGUUGCCAAUGAAAUUGCGUUCCAGCCCCCCAUAUCCAAUCACCCUGCUCCAGAAUACUGGUGCUCCAUUGCUUACUUUGAAAUGGAUGUCCAGGUUGGGGAGACGUUUAAAGUGCCAUCCACAUGUCCGAUAGUGACUGUGGAUGGCUAUGUGGAUCCAUCAGGAGGGGAUCGCUUCUGCCUGGGCCAACUGAGCAAUGUUCACAGAACGGAGAACAUAGAAAGAGCCAGGCUCCACAUUGGUAAAGGUGUGCAGCUGGAGUGCAAAGGUGAAGGAGACGUCUGGGUGCGCUGUUUGAGUGAUCAUGCAGUGUUUGUGCAGAGCUAUUACCUAGAUCGAGAGGCUGGACGUGCUCCUGGAGAUGCAGUUCACAAGAUCUACCCCAGCGCUUACAUCAAGGUGUUUGACUUGCGUCAGUGCCACAGGCAGAUGCAGCAGCAGGCAGCGACAGCUCAGGCAGCAGCUGCAGCUCAGGCGGCAGCAGUGGCCGGGAACAUUCCCGGACCUGGCUCCGUGGGAGGCAUCGCCCCUGCCAUCAGUUUGUCUGCUGCUGCAGGCAUUGGGGUUGAUGACCUGCGCAGGCUGUGCAUCCUGCGGAUGAGCUUCGUGAAAGGCUGGGGGCCCGACUACCCACGGCAAAGCAUUAAAGAGACACCCUGCUGGAUUGAAAUCCAUUUACACCGAGCUCUACAGCUACUGGAUGAAGUUCUGCACACCAUGCCCAUAGCUGACCCUCAGCCUCUUGACUGAGUUGAAAGACAUUAAUGAUACAAAACAAACAAAAACAAACAAAAAAUCAGACUGUACUUUUAACAGACCAAUCCACCUAUUGGCUGCCGAAGGAGGACUGCAACUACAGGGAUGCUGAGUAGGUUGUAGGAGUAGGAACAAGGACAUUAAGGCUUGCAGUAUACUCCAAACACACUGCUUUCAAAUCCAGCGCUGCGAGCAGUUGUCAGUAUACUGAAUGAGACUUCAGGUCUGUAAAUUCAGUGAAUUCCAAACAACAGCUGGAGGAACAUAUGAGUCACACUGGGAGGAAUUGUAAAACAGUGGAAACAUGUAGCCAAGAGGAUGCGAAUAUUAAAGGCAGCCAUUAUUCUGACAUUGUUCACCAAUUGAAACUGCAUAACGGCAUCAAAGUGAGCAAGGCUGCAUGUCUCUCAAAUCUCAAAUUUGAUACAGAAAUAAUCUCACACUAUUGAGGUAAAGAACGUGUCCACACUGAGAUUAAAAGAUGCAAAAAGGCUUAUCAAUUAUUUAAUCACCCUUAGUGCUGAACAAAACAAAUGUGGGUGUGGGAGACUGUAGGGUGUCAAACAGGAAAUGAUUCAUACUUUACCUUUGCUUGUUUUUUUUCCAGGUUGGACAUUUCUGUAUUUAAGAUUUUAAGAUGUUUGCAGCCCCUGUAACCUUUUUGAACUAUUUAGUAAGAAAUCAAACUAUUUGGCUUUAAGACAGUGGAACUGAGCGCAAUGCAACGCGUUGUAUUGAAUGCAAACCUGUUAUUUACCAUGUCUGCAGAUAUUAAAUGUGAUUUUAGGUUUGAGUAUACUGCCAGUCCAGUCCUCCUUCAAUGGCUCUCCGGUGCUGAUAUGGCUUCAUGUAAGUGGAGUUUUUUCCCCCCUCACAGAUCAGGACAUGUACGUAAAACCAUGUUAUUCAUUACUCAUUUUCUUGGAAGACGUAAUGUCAAAUAUUUUUCAAAGCUGACAGUCCUUGUUGAUGUUAUUUGAUUUAGAUUCCCAUUUUGAAUAGUUGUUUUUAAUGACGUAAAGAGCAUUUAAAUAAGCCCAUUUUAGCUGAGCUCAGCUUACCUUUAUAAAACUGUCCUAUUAUUCUACCACCAUUUGAGGCUAUUAUGACAUUGAAAAGUUAUGUUUUCUACCGAGGGUUUUCAAACCCCAAAAUUUAAUUGAAAUUACAAAAUAUUUUCAGAAGAAACGGUUAUUGUAACACAUCUGCAUAAUAAUUUUUGCAAUUGUCAUUUUUGAUUAGAUGCCCACAUAGUGUUCAUUAGCACUUUAUUAAUUUGCCUAAGUAUUUUGUCUUGUUUCAUAGUUUCCUGUGUGGUUACUCGUUGUAUCCAUAUAAUAUCUUAGCCUAGUUGAAGAUUUUCUUACUAAUGACCCUGGUGAGAACCAUGAAAAAUGUAGUUGAAAGUGUUGUCUACCCAAAAUUCUAUGUUUUCAGUAUCAAACACUUACCCACAGAAGGCCUGAAAGGUGUCUAUAGCAAUACAUUGAUUAUUUUGAACAUAUUGAGUUGAGGUGGAAGAGGUGUUUAUGAAAUAGGAAAUCUUGUCUGCGUAGGAUGAAGCUACAGUUAAACAACCACCUUUCAAACCGACAGGCGGUGAAUCUUUGAUGCCUAAAAGAUACACUUGGAUUGACCAUCACUUUAAGUUAGCUUGCCUCCACCCAUUUUAAUUUGAGUAUUACUUGGAUGACACUUAACGUAGACAACAGCUGAGGAAAGGAAGCGAGGAUUGAACUGUGAGAGGAAGCGUAAGCCAUAUUGAUGCCAAAAAUAUCCUCUGAAAAAUGGAAAAGUUAUCAGACUGCAGUAAAUUUCAGUGUUAAUGUUGCUUGUAAAAGCUUGGUUUUAAUUACCAACUGAACGAUUUUAGUUUUUGCUCAGCACUAUUAAAAUAAUAUUUUGGUAUUUGGAGCUCUGUUUACCUACAGCUGUUGCAGUAUUUUAUACUCUUUUUGCUACCUUUACAGUGAUGAACCACUCUGGUCAAAAUUUGAAAAUGAUUUAAAACAAAAAAAAAGAAGAAUGCCGUACAAUUUUCAGGAAAUGCAAGUUUGUGCUCAUCGUAAUCUUUGCAAUUAUGUCAUACAUUCUGAAUACAUACCUGAGUUUGAAUGAUAUUGGUGUUUAUAUGUAUGAUUAUGGUUGAAUAAAAUUUAAUGGGCUAACACUA